ACAAAUGUUAUCCGUCCCGUCUGACCUCGUUUCCGUCUCGGUAGACAGACUUUUGUCUGCCGGCAUUUUCUUUUUAUUUCGCCGGUGCGCUCUCAGCUCGUAGAUUUUUUUCGCCUGUUUUAUAGGCCGGCAGCUGAUAUUUCUUCUUAUCCCAUUUUUUCACUGCAGUCUACAACACAAUGCCAGGUUUUUCAGACAGAGAUCGUGGCAGAGACCGAGGAUUUGGAGGAAAACCUCCUCGUUUUGGUGGUGGUGGAGGAGGCAAUAGGGGUGGACCUCCUCCUGGAAAGUUCGGCAACCCUGGUGAGAGGCUGCGAAAGAAGCACUGGAACCUCGAUGAGCUUCCCAAGUUUCAAAAGAACUUCUACCAGGAGCACCCAGAUGUCACCCGCAGACCACUUCAAGAGGUCGAACAGUACCGAAGAAGCAAAGAAGUGACGGUUAAAGGCAGAGAUUGCCCCAAACCGAUCGUAAAGUUCCACGAAGCUGCAUUUCCAAGCUACGUUAUGGAUGUAAUUGUCAAACAAAACUGGACUGAACCAACUCCAAUCCAGUCUCAGGGGUGGCCCGUAGCCCUGAGUGGCAAAGACAUGGUUGGAAUCGCUCAGACUGGCUCUGGGAAGACCCUUGCAUACCUUCUGCCUGCAAUUGUGCACAUCCAACACCAGCCAUUCUUGGAGCAUGGAGAUGGGCCUAUUUGCUUGUUUCUCUACCAGCCAGACCGUCAGACCCUGAUGUGGAGCGCCACCUGGCCUAAGGAAGUUCGUCAGCUGGCUGAGGACUUCCUGAAGGACUAUGUCCAGAUCAAUAUUGGAGCACUGCAGCUCAGUGCCAAUCAUAACAUCCUGCAGAUAGUUGAUGUUUGCAAUGACCUUGAGAAGGAGGACAAACUGAUCCGUUUGCUGGAGGAGAUCAUGAGUGAAAAGGAGAACAAGACCAUUAUUUUUGUGGAGACCAAAAGACGUUGUGAUGAGCUCACCAGGAGGAUGAGGAGAGAUGGGUGGCCUGCAAUGGGAAUCCAUGGAGACAAGAGCCAACAGGAGAGGGACUGGGUCCUUAACGAAUUCAGAUAUGGCAAAGCGCCAAUUCUCAUUGCUACAGAUGUGGCCUCCCGCGGCUUAGAUGUGGAGGAUGUGAAAUUUGUCAUCAAUUAUGACUACCCUAACUCUUCCGAGGAUUAUAUCCACCGCAUUGGACGCACAGCCCGAAGUCAAAAAACGGGCACAGCCUACACCUUCUUCACCCCCAACAACAUGAAACAAGCCAGUGACCUGAUCUCUGUGCUCCGCGAGGCCAACCAGGCCAUUAACCCCAAGCUGAUCCAGAUGGCAGAGGACAGAGGAGGUCGUGGAAGGGGGGGAAGAGGUGGCUACAAGGAUGAUCGUCGGGAUAGGUAUUCUGGGGGUGGGAGGAGUAACUUCAGUGGUAGUAGCUACAGGGACAGCGACAGAGGGUUUGGCAGUGGGCCGAAGAGCUCCUUUGGUGGCAGUAAGGCCCAAAAUGGUGGCAACUAUGGAGGCAAUAGUGGUAACUCUAGUGGUAACUAUGGUAGCAGCAAUUACAGCAACAGCAAUGGACAGGGUAAUUUUGGCGCUCCUACAAACCAGGUGGGCGGCUUUGGUAACCAAAGCUUCCAGGGUCCCCCUCAGUUUGGGGGUAUGCAGAGGGCCACUCAGAAUGGUAUGAACCACCCACCAUUCCCAUUCAACUCCCAGCCGCCGCCCCCACAGGCCCAGCAGCAGCCGCCACCACCACCAAUGGUGCCCUACACCAUGCCACCACCCUUCCCUCAGUAGAUAUGAUAUAUGCACAAUAAAUGGAACCAACAUGAUUUUUGUUUAGUCCUGAAAUCUUACAGUAUGAUGAUCAUUACUAUUAUUAUUAUUAUUAAUAUUAUUAUCCUUUGUACUGUUUAACUUUGUUUUGCUUACAGCAGGGUUGGAAUUAUUCCGUAAACCCAGAGCAUUACAUGGAGUCAUAAAUAUGUCUCCUAUAGUGCA